CUUAACUCACUGGAAAGUAGGUCACAGGUAGUUGUUUAACAUGGCGAUUAUUCGGCGCUGUUUGUGCUGGGAUCUGCGAACAGCAACAUUUGCCAAUCUCGUCGCCAUUGUGGUAACAUUUUGAUCAACAAAUAUAGCAAGCCUAACCGAUAGUUCUUUAAGAUUAAAUUUAGGAUCUUGGAGAUACAUUUGCUAUUAUAAAAGUCCAUGUAUAAUAGAGGCUACUCUGUUGAAAGUCAUAGUCAUUGAUUCAUUGUUUUCAUUUCAUGGCACUUCCGUGUUAGAGUUACUGUGCUUCCAAGUCUAACUUAUGACCUAAACUAAGUGAAAUAAAAGCCUAAAUCCCCUUAAGUAAAUCAAGGUGACAGUAAAGUUGAAAUGAAGUUUGUUUUAAGUGGAUAAUGUCAUUGCCAUUAUAAGAUAUUAGUAUAGUAUAAUUGGUCCAAUGGUCAUGAUUCAAUAUGGUAAUAUGGUGACCUAGGUUAAGGCUAAAUUAUAUUUAUACGGUAAUUUAUAGUCUACAUGAACAUGUGUCACUGACACUGUCACUCAGAUCCAAUUAUUGAAAUUAAUGUUAUCUUGGUUGAAAAGUUUAAGCAGUAUGCCUAAAUCUAAAAAUACAUAUUUCUUUUUCUGCGACCGACUCGAUUUCUUUCUUAGUUAUUUAAGUAAUAUAAUUAGGCCAUAAAACAUAAAAUUAAAAUAAAAUAGAAAAAUAUAUAUGUCUGUAACUGUAAAUAUGCCUGAAUAUUGCUAUUACUAAUAAAUGUCAAUUUUUAAACUUUUCAUUAAUUAGAUUCUAGCCGGUGGUGCCCUGCUGCUGCGUCUUUUAGAUUUAGCUGCAUCUGUGCCUAACUUUGAUAUAAGCCAGGGAUUCCGUGCUAACUGGAGAGCACAUCAAUGGCAAUGUAAAUUUUAUUUGUUUUACUUAAUUUUUAAUGUUGUUUUAAUUUUAAGUACAUCCCCAGUUAAUCAAACAAAACUUAACAGAAGAGCAAGGUUAUAGAUUGUAAAAAAAUCUGUAAAAUGAAAUAAAGCAUACUUUAAUUAUAUACUGUAUUUAUAAUAAAAACAGAAAGUGAGAAAGAAAGAAAAAAGCAUACAAUUAUUAUUAAAUUAUUAUACUGGUACGUAUGACUAUGAGAAAUGACAUGAUCAUUCAUUGUCACUAAGUUUCUUAUUAGACUACAGAUUGAUUCAGACUCAGUCAUUGUUGACAUGUUGAUUAAUCUGAAUCAUUUUCUACCUAAACUAACUGUCCUAACAUUGUAUUUUAGAAUAAAUUUGCAUAUUAAAAUAGAUGGCUGAAUGGUAUACAGUCUAAACUGCGUCAAUUUCAACUUUGUGAAUUGGAGUUCAAUCCACACCAAAACCCAGAGAGAAAACAUAAGCUACUUUACACCAAUUUUAUAUACACAUGAUAUAACAUUUACUGCACAGGCACUCUAACAUGUUUACAUCCUUCUCAAAUAGAUAAAUUACAACUUUAAAUGAAAAUAGUUUGUUUGAAGCCAGAUUUGCGUCAAAUUUUGAGUUUUGUUUACACAGAUCAAUAUUAUUUGUACAAAAAUGAUAAGCUGAAAGCUGUUUACAUUUAAUUUUAGAUAAUUAAUGGUUUAAUUAUUCUAGCUGUAGCAUUAGUAAGACAGGUUCCUUUAUUUAAAUUAAUGAAGUAAAAUCAAUAUCAUCCAACUUUAAAAAGUUACCUUACCCUAAUGUGGAUAAAAUGUACUUUUUACUUGUAUGCGCUUUAUGAACAUAACAUGUUAAAAGUAGAUGUUUACAUAUUACGUGUGUGUAAGACGUUUUUCAAUUCUGAUAUAUAAUUAUAUUGAUGCCUACCAUUGGGUGACCAAGUGGCAUAGUAUUUGCACAAAACAUCAGUAAUGUUAGUAGGUGCCUUUGAAAGGAUAUUAGCAUAGUUGUGUCGGUAUGACCAGAGUUCAUUUUAAAUGUGAUCAGUGAUAAUCAUUUAAAGGAUUUUGACUUUAUUUAAAAAUAAAUAUUUAUUUCAUUAAUUUAUAGUGCAUUAUUAUUAGAUUAAUUAAUUAAUGUCAAGUUUAAUAAUGAAUUAUGUUCAAAAAGUAUUAAGAUUCAUACCCGGAUUUGGCUAAUAGUAGUUCAAAAUACUCUGAUUCUGCAUUCCGUGACAAUAUUUACCUAGUUUUCCCCUAUUUACAAAUUAAACUUAACAUGUAAUUCUUUUGUGAUCAUGACAGUAGCCUUGGUGCUGUUCUUCAAAAUCCAAUUUAACUGUUACUUUUGAAAUUUCUUAUAUACAUUACAACUUUUCUUUGAAGCUUGUGUUAAAGUUUUUUUGUUUUUUUUCAUAACAUUUUAGUCUUCUUGGCAAGUGAUGUCAUCAUUGUUUUCUGCCAUGUUGUCAUCAUUCUCUUUUGCAUGUACAUGAUAUACAUGGUCACUCAGAAAGUAAGUUAUAUUUUUGUAUGUUUUAAAAUUUGAACAAGUUUAUGUCAAAGUUUAAUUUGCAAAGUAGGCCAAUAUAUAUUAUAUACCCAAAAUAUAUUUUUACUACUAUUAACUUUUUCUUGAUGUUUUAUUGUGUUCCCCAAUAGCAUUUUGUACUGUACAUGGAGACUCUGAGGAUUUUCACAUACUUCUUUAUCAUGUACAACAUCAUUGAGUUCUGUUUUUCUGUAGUUGAGUUCUCCUUCUAUGGCCUUAACACAUUUGUAAGUAAACGUUGAUAUUUAUAAUUAUCUAGUUAGUUUCAUAUUUCAUUUUUAACAAUUAGUCAUGGACAGUUAUUAUGGUCUUUAAACAUUUCAAAAAUGAAUUCGUUGUUACUUUUAUUUGUCAUCACAAAAUAGUUUUUAGAUUUGAACCCCAGUAGCCAAAUAUUUUAAAUGAAUAAUUUUUGUUUUAUUAAUAAUAAUGUAUGUUUAUCAACCAUUGCUUGUAUUUCAAAUUUCAGAGAUUGGCAUUUGUUGUGUUUAUUUGGCUCUACUGGUUGGCAAGACUAAUUGCAGGGGUAAGCCUUUUCAUUUCUUUUAAAACCUACUUCAGUACAUUAAAUACUCACCAGUCACUGAUUUGUAAAAAAUGUACAUUUAUUUCUAAUCUGAUGAUGGGUACUUAUAUUUUGACAUUUUUGUUGUUGUUACGGUAUCAGAGUAUAUUUUUCCGACUCAUGAUGAGACUGCAUGAUUUCUCAGUUCAGAUUGUUAAUUACUGUUAACGUAUUUAGGUAAAGCUGACAGAAAGGUACAUAAGACAACUUUAUGUGCAAAAUAGGGGCACUCUAAUUAUGGCUGCUAAAAAUAAUCAGAUUUACUGCUUUGAAAAAGAUAAUCUGUAAUGCAGACCUGUUAACUCUUACGAUUUUGGCGUACAACGGUAAUGUGCAUAAAACGUUUGCUGGAAACAAAAAUAUUAUUGUAGACUUUUAAUGUGUGGUAUAUAAAGUUUGACAUAGAUUAUUUAAUAGUAGGAUGAGGUAUUGAGUGACAUUAUUCCUUCACUAUUUUGAUCGGUAAGAUGACAUGUUUUGUUUCAGAUCAUCAUUACAAUUGUACUUUUCUCAAGACUUGAUGAAAUGGAGAAUGAGAUGGCCUAUGAGCUGAGAAUAUCAGACAGAAAAUAUGUUCAUUCAUACUCAGCACUUACUUAAAAUAUUCACCUUGGCUUCUAUUUGUAAUGAAUGCUUAAUUUUUUUACAUUUUGGAAUAGAUUUUUUCUAUUUUCUAUUAUCUAUUUUGAAAAAUAUAAAUAAAAUUUAAAGUCAGUUUGAAAAUGUGAAAUUAAACAGAUACAUCCAUUGCAAAUUCAUCAAGCAUCUGAAAUUAUUUUUGAAGAUAAUUAAUAAUAAAUAUGAUUAACCAAUAGGUAAGCAAAAGUUUACCAAAAGUCUGUAAAUCAAUGUAAAUACAAUUUUUGUAUAGACACCAUUGUUCAUCAUCACAUAAUUUUACUUGAUACAUUUAUAUCCAUUAGGGUAAAGGAUUAUUUAUAAAACUCAUUAAUUUAGUUUUUGAGAAAAGAAUUCUGAAUCUCGAAAAAGAUUAUUAAUUUUUAAAAUAAAAUUAAAAAUGAUUUUGUAAUCUUUAUUUACUUUAUUUAGAGACAUCUCAUUCAUCAUUUCUUAGCUGGGCAACUCAAUGAAUACAACUAAGCUAAAAGUACUACAGAGGUUGAAUUAAGUGAAAUAAAAUCUAUAGGCAUAUUUGGUCUAUUUAUAUAAUUUUCAUAAUUUUUGGAACAAAUCAUCUCCCUUUUAAUGUGUUCAAAAGUACUUUAAAAUUUCAAUAUAAUUUAGAUUAAAUAUAGCAUGCUCAUUUUUUGUACUCUUUAAAAGACAUUCCAUUAUACUGGUACAUCCAUUGAUAACAUUCCACCAAUGUAGAAUAUUUUUAAACUCAUAUUUUGUAAACUACAAAUUCAUAAAUGUAUCUCUGAAUUAUUCUUUUUUUUGUUUUUGUAAUGAAAUAAACUUUGUAAAUAAAUACCCAAAUUAAA